AUGGGGUCUAUUUUGUGCGCUGGUGGUGAGUGCGGCUCUCUCUGUUUUUGGGAUUUUGCUUCUCCCUUGAAGAGUCGCUCGGUGAACCCCACGCGCAUUCUCACCCCCUUUCCCAACAGGAUUUCAGGAUUUCAAGCUGUCAUUUCUGUGCACUCAGCGUGUGAUGGGUCAUAUUUUGUUGCCUGUCAGGACGGAGAUUCCCCUGUUCUCGUUGCCGCCAAUGGAAAGCAGUUGGGAUACUGCUCCAUGGGUGAACGGGGUAUGGUGGAUGUUGUCAAAUGCAAGGGUCAUCGGGGCCCUGUUACGUCCUCCGCACCAUCUCCAACGCUGGCCUCACGUUUUUUCACUGGUUCGCAGGACAGCACUGCCCGUGUGUGGGACGCUGCUUCGUUUGAGACUAAUUCCGUGUACGCUGUGAAGCACGGGUCUGGCCAGCUCCUGGAGAAUGUCGUUGUGGAGAGCGUCCUACCUCUUCUCAGUGUUGGCAGUGACAAAACAUGUGUGUUUGCCUCCGGUGGGGAGGACGGACUUGUACAAUUAUGGGAUUCACGACUGAAGUACCGACCUGGCGGUGUAUUUAGCGUACUCGACAUGUAUGGCAGCGGAGGUUUGAGCAGCUCGUCGUGUGGAUCUUCACAUGGAAGGCGAACAGCGCAUGAUACGUUCAGUGAAGAAAGGCACGUUGGUGGUAUGGCAGAACCUGACCCCACGUACCCCACAUUAUGUGUGCGCUGUGGGCCACUGGUGCGCAUUGUGGACUUGCGCAAUCCGGCCAAGAGUGGCACUGUAGUGGACGUGUGCCCGCCCCUUACCGGCCUGCCCUCUUCUACAGAUACAGGACCGCUGGUGACGUGCACGAGUGAGUCCUUCUCUAAGGGGAAGCCGUCGUUCAUCGCGUGCACGAGCCGUAGUGGUUACCAACAUAUAGCCGGAGGCCAUAUUGUGCAGUUCACCUGCACAAGCGGGAACUAUGAGCCGUCCAUGGUCUGGCGUCCGGCCUCUGCGGAUGCUGACGUAGUGGCCGUAGCUGUCGAUGCCACACAGCAGCAGCUGUUUGCAGGAACACAAAAUGGCACCGUUGUUGCGAGAAUCAAGUGUACGGGGACGGAUGUUGCCGUCGCUGGACCGAACGUACAGACGUGGUUUGGGUCGCGACCAAUGUCGGAGCCCGGUAUGGUGCGGCAGAAACGUGGGAGGGCUGAGGGCAAUUGUGACGACGGAGAUGAGCUGAGAUUGUAG